AUGGACAAGAUCAAGGCUCUCUUCAGGCGCAAGAAGGACAAGGAAACUAAGACAGAUACCAAUGGCACUCCUGCUGCCGCUACUAAGCCGACGGCCACGGACACCGCCGCUGCACCUUCGACCAGCGAUGCCACUGCUCCUCCUGCUGGUACUGCCCCAACUGAUGCGCCAGCGGCUGCCGAUAAGCCAGCCGACCCUGCUCCGGCGAGCACUCCUGCUGCGAAGUAG